AUGAACAGACAAGAGAAAUAGGAAGUUGAAUAAGGAUUACGUAAUCUUUUAGAGGAAGUAUUGAGAGUUUAUAAUAUAUAAUCAGAUGAUGAUAUUUAGUAAUGAGAAGAUUUCUGGGAUUGAGCACUGUAAUUGUCAAGAUCUAAUACAGAGAAUAAGCAAAUAGUUUAGAUAACUAAAAAACAGCAAUUUAGAAUAUAAAAAGUUGGAAUAAGUAUUGUAAUAAUAAGAAGCAGAUAUUCGAAAUCAUAUAAGUGUAUGAAGAGAUUGUUAAUUUUAGUUAGAGUAGUAGAUGAAGUUAUAUUAAGAUGGACUUUAAUCAAAAUUAGAGGAGUCUAAUUAAGAAGUUAAGAGAUUAUAAUAGGAAAUCUAUAAAUUAAAGAAAUCUAAGUAUGAAUAAAGUAUGAUAGUUGUUAAUCAGAAUCUAAGAAAAAGGAUUAGAGUCAUGAUGGAUCUACUUCUUAUAGAUAAGGUUCUCCAAAAAAAUAAUCCUCCUUCUCAUAACAUGGAGGUUACACUUCUCAUAGAAGUUCAUGUGAUGAACUAUUUAAGAGAUACAAUAAAUUGUUAUAACAAUAGUAGGCUUCUAUAAGUCAACGAUCAAAUAAUAUCUAGAUUAGUUAGUAUAUGAUGAAAGGACGAUAAACUUUAGCAGAAAUUGUUAAUAUUCAACCAAGUAGAAGUCAGACAAAACAUAAUAGUAGUGUGAAUAAAAG